AACUCUCCCUCCUUCUCUCUCUAAAUCCCUCUCUUUCUCUGUCUACCUGGGUUAAUCCGUAAUUUUCCAGAUUACUGUCCUUUAAUCCCCCACCCCAUCCCCAUUUUCCUCUCAUUCUCAUCUCAUUUCCAUACCGCCCCACCCCAUCUCUCUCUACCAUUUGCUCUUGAGUUUUGUCUAUCUUCUUUCCUUUUCUAGAGAGAGAGAUAAAAGUUAGAGCUUUGGAUUUUUCUUGAUCGUUUCUGGGUUUUUCAGGUCUUGACUGCAGAUCCAUCCUCCAAUCUCCUCUCACUCGGCUAUCUGCUAGAGUAAGAAGUCCUGUUUUCGUUUGAACAUUUAUUGGAAUAGGCAAUAAUUUGUGUACACAUUGCAUCAUAGCUCUAAUGCAAGGGCAGAGGAGCGCUAUAGGUUCUUUGCCUGAAACCAUAGGCUUUGAUCAGGGAUCUUCAUCAAGUGAAGCAGCUAUGGAUCAACAGCUAUGCUGGAAUAAUAUGCAGAAUCCUGCACAUAACAUGUUACCAGACUUUAUCACCUCUACAAAUGACCCCGCUAGUGCUUAUCUGAGUCAAGGACAUACCUUAAGCGGAUGGAACGUAGGUGAACCCAGUUCUCGUGUCACUUUGAACCAUGUGAGUCACAAUAACGAGCGAAAAACAGAACAUGUAGCUGGUUCCGCCCCAGAAGAACGUCCAUAUGAGCUGGCAAGUACACUUUUGCUAAACAGUGUCAAUGUGAACCGUAUAAGCAAUCAGAUCCCAAAUGCGCCCUUCUUUGUGCAAAGUUCCAACAAUGGUAUUGCUCAGGAUCUUAAUGCGAGUGCAGGAUUUCUAGGACAUGGUGAUGACGAUGAUUGUCAAAUCAUGGAGUCUAACAAUGCAUACAAGUCCGACAUAUUGGAAAAUGCUCGGUUUCAAUCUGCAAGUAGUUCUUCGCAUCCUUUUGGGAUGCCUACUGGAAGUGGUGGGUAUUUGGCAGGAGAAAGUGAUGGAAGGCCAAGUUCUUCACUGGAGGGUCGUCGAUUAUCUUGUAAAAGGAAGGCCAUGGAAGGAAAUCCUGGGCAAUCUUCUAUGAGUGGAAAUUCUACCUACUUUCAGCCAUCAGACAGAAGUCCUCUUUGGAAUGGUGUUCCUGGUCGAUAUAAUUCUGGAACCAGCUUAAGUAUCUCUACCCCAUCACCAAAUGUGCCCGUAGAAAUUCUGGGUGGUGGAGGAGCUUCUUCUGGAAAUCCUCUCUCUUUGAGUAUGACUGGAAAUGGUGAAAAUCCCCAUAGAAAUUACCGCGUGAGGAUAAAUGCUUCACGCCGACAAGAUUCUGUACCCGCUGCUGUAUUUCCCACUGCGAGCACUGUUCUGCACUCUAAUGUCUCGUCACAGCAGCAAUCAUCAAGACUUCUUCCCAUUGGGAAUUCUUUCGACAACACAAAUCCUCAAAUGCAAUCGGGUGUUGUGCAUGUUCCUCCUCCAUUGCGACGAACUUCACAAUCAUCUAGAUGGAGCAGUGGUUCUAGCUCUAGAGCUGGAGAGAGAGAUGCUAUGCUACAUGAGGAACCUAACUCAAUUACCAUGCCAAGAAACAUUUCCGAACAUCCUAUUUUUGUACCCCCACAUGAAGUUAGAAAUUCCCCUCAAAAUUCAGGUAGUUGGAAUUUAACAGGUGGAAACAUAAGUAUUGCUGGAAAUGUUGCUUCUUCUUCUCGGACUGGUUCAAGUUCAGGUGUCCAUCCAUUACCAGGUCCCAGUUGGGUUCCUCAUCGUAAUCCUCCAAGGUACCCACGGAGGUUACAAGAAUUGGUCCGUAGAUCACUGUUAUCUUCUGCUGGUUCUGAGUCUGUAGACCCCAGCAGCAGUAAUUCUGCAGUACAACUUGGUUCCUCCUCACGAGAAAUGGCACUUUCAUCCGGAAAUGGUAACCAGGGACAUCAUCUGUCUCACUCAAGGUCUUCGUUGUCCUUGCAUAGACAACUUGAUGGUGCUCUUGGGGUUCCUUACUCAUUGCGAACUUUGGCUGCUGCCGGUGAAGGGAGAAGCAGGCUUGUAUCUGAGAUCCGCAGUGUAUUGGAUCUCAUGCGUCGGGGUGAGGACUUGCGAUUUGAGGAUGUUAUGAUCCUUGAUCAGUCUGUCUUUUUUGGGAUGCCCGAUAUUCAUGAUCGGCACAGGGAUAUGCGGCUUGAUGUCGACAACAUGUCUUAUGAGGAGUUAUUGGCAUUGGAAGAGCGUAUUGGAAAUGUGAGCACGGGUUUGAGCGAAGAUUUCAUAGUAAAUCGUCUGAAGCAGCGGAAGUACUUUUCAAUCGCUAUGAGUGCACAUUUGGAGGUGGAACCAUGCUGUGUAUGUCAGGAGGAAUACAAAGAUGGAGAAGAUAUUGGGACACUAGAGUGUGGGCAUGAGUUCCAUUCUGGCUGCAUUAAACAGUGGCUACUGCAAAAGAAUCUGUGCCCUAUUUGUAAAACAACUGCCCUGAACAAAUGAGAAAGAAGACCAAUUUUGUGAGGCUAUUACCCCCCCUUCAUGGGAUGGACCUGAUGGAAUAUUUCUGCCAUGGCUCCGCCGCGCUGCUCAAAGUGAUACACAUUUAUCUGUAUUUCUCAUUUGCUUAAUUUUAUGUUGAUCCCUUUGUCAGACUUGCAAUUAUUGAUAGAAAAAUUGUAGCACUAGCUCUUUUCUUUUCUUUUUCUUGGGAUUAUUCAGAUUCUUGAUGGGCAUAAUUCAGAUUAAUAUUUUUUGAUUGCAA